AUGAUGCGGCCCAGCCCAUCUGUCCGCACGUUAUGUGCUAAUUGCUCGAACAACGCCCGGCUCUUCUCAACCACCGUCCAUCCACGCUCGCAGCAGAAGAGCGAUGCCACUCCAGCUUCCCCGCCGCAAGCCGGUUAUGCUCGCCUUACGAACCGAGGCCUGAUUUCCAUCACAGGGGUCGAUAGUACCACCUUCCUUCAGGGGCUUAUUACCCAGAACAUGUUAAUAACGAACGACUCAAACCGCGCAACCCGUCGAACUGGAUCUUAUACCGCCUUCCUCAACUCUCAAGGUCGAGUGCUGAAUGAUGCUUUUCUGUACCCGCUCCCACAAGCAGACCUUGCGUCGCCCGAUGAACCAGCAUGGCUCAUCGAAGUCGAUAAGAACGAAGUGGCGAGUCUCAUGAAACAUUUAAAGAAACACAAGCUUCGUGCGAAGCUAAAGCUACGUGCUCUCGAAGACGGCGAACGCACGGUGUGGGCCUCAUGGAAGGAACAUGAACAACCCCGCUGGGCCGCAUAUAAUCUUGAAACCCCAUCCUCGUCUCCUUUCUCACCAUCGUCCUCGAUCGCCGGCUGCGUUGAUACAAGGGCUCCCGGGUUCGGCUCCCGCCUCAUCACUCCGGGUGCGGAAGAUCUCCGGACUCAUGUUCCUGAUGAGACUCAGAUUGCCGGUUCGGAGGUGGGUCUUGGAGCCUAUACCGUGCGCCGAAUGCUGCACGGUAUUGCCGAAGGCCAGUCUGAGAUUAUUCGUGAAUCAGCGCUCCCGUUGGAGUGCAAUAUGGAUAUGAUGAAGGGAAUUGACUUCCGCAAGGGCUGCUAUGUGGGCCAGGAGCUUACGAUCCGCACCCAUCACACGGGUGUUGUACGGAAGCGUAUUCUACCCGUGCAGUUAUAUACAGGAGAUCAAAGUGUUCUUGAUUCCGCUGGGGCUCCCGUGUAUGACCCUACUGCGGAGUUGCCUCUACCUCCAAGCGCAGCGAAUAUGUACAAGAUUAGUACACGAAAAGCGCGUAGUACGGGCAAGUUCCUCGGUGGAGUUGGUAACAUCGGUCUUGCCUUGUGCCGGUUAGAGAUGAUGACUGAUGUUACUCUUACUGGCGAGCGCACCCAGUAUAGCCCUGAGCAGGAGUUCAAAGUGUCAUGGGAUGCGGCAGAAGAAGGUUCAUCAGAACACCAGGGGCCUGGAGAGGUCAAGGUCAAAGCCUUUGUGCCUUCUUGGACGAGAGAUUUCAUCCUCAAUGGAGGAGUGAAGAACAACACCCGUAGUCGUGAGGCCGAACAAGGCCAUCGAGCACGGGAGUUCCUAGAGCAAUUAGAAGAAGAAGAGUCGCUCCGGCAGAAAGAGUAA